CACAGAUAAUAGAUAUGGAGCAAUCUUACGAGCAAACAAAACAUUGUGUGAAAUUGUUGAUUUUCGAUAAUAGAUUCAGAAAGUAUAUCCGUUAGCUGACAGUGGCGCGCGAUAACACUGGUCAUUUAAACAGACCAGACUGCAAAGAAAAGAUUUUUGAUUCAAGUAAUCACCUUUCAUUUACUCUCUGUUUAAUGAAAAUAUUGACUUCCAUUUAAAAGUUCACCAUUUAAAGUUGAAUGGAUUUUAAGUUAUGCAGGUUAGAGGAAACUUCGGGAACCUGGUGUGAGACUUAUUUGAAAUGCUGUGAUGUCCACAAUGGAAUUAAAAGAUAGAAGUGACAGUAAAGAUAAGACAGACGGAGUUAAGAAUACACAAGCGAUUAGAGUAAUUGACCAUGUAUUGUCAUUGCUGUGUUGUGGAAAGGGUCACUCCUCGCUGACCAACAUUAAAACUCUCGGAGAUCGGUUACAACAUCAGGGAUACCUUCAAAAAGAAAAAUGGGAGAAGAAACAUUCGAUAACGAAGGACAAAAUAAUCCUGCUGAACUGGAUAAAAGAACACUUAUCUCCGAAAACCUACCAAGUAAAGGACGCUCUUUUCGACUUUGUCCGCGAUCUGAGAUUACUAGAAGAUAAGGAUCUCUUAGAAGUAGAGAAUUUCGAAUUGAACCAAGCUAUGAAUAUUUUAUUUGACAUCCAACAAAACGCCAAAAGAGAAGAUGUAGAUUCUCUUAGUCACCUACAUGAGGAAAUUAAACGGACGUAUAAUUCGCCACAGGUGUCUCCUAAAAUAUAUCGAAAACACGGUGAUUCAAAAUCACAUAAAGAUAACAGGACCGGUAGCGAAGUAAAUAAACAUGUAGUAUCAACACCAAAAGACCUCAUAACAUCACCAUCUAGUUCUUCAAACUCUACUUUAAGUUCUCCAUUAAAUGAUAGAAAAUCCAAAGGAAAAACUCCGAGGGAUAACAAAUCUAUAGAAGCAGUGCAAAAACAAAAGAAAUUACACUCGCCUUCUUCAUCGCCAAAAUUAUCAAGGCCGGGAACUACUACCAGUACAGUGGAAUCUGAGAGGUCCUAUUUAAACUUACACCGUGAGAAGAAAACUCAAAAACAGCAAUCAGAAAUAGAAAAUAAAAAUUAUACCUUAAACACACCUAAUCGUAUUCAGCCAAGGCAACCACAGUCGGGAAAAGGAACGUUAAAGGCCGACUCCGAAAAAAUGAAAAGUGUUUUAUAUCAUCUUAUGCUUCGUCCAUCUGAAGAUAAACGAAAAUUCUGCAAUAUCAUUGACGCAUUAAGUUACGACCUGCGAAAGAAAGACAUGAAAAAUGAACUUAUUCAGUUUCUUCACGAAAACCCACCGAAAUUUUCGCUAAAACAUAUUGGAUUUAUCGAUGGGGGAGAGUGGAGUUUAUAUCUUCGCACGAAAUGUCCAGACGCAUUGUUUGCCUACGCAGUAGCGCAUAAAUACCAAGUUCUCCUACAUGUCGUUGCUGUUGGUACUGAAGACACAGAGGAGCUAAGAUUUUAUCCGCACGGUUAUGUCCACGGCAAUGAGGAUAGGCAUGUUUACCUGGCAUACCUUUCUGACAAUAAUUUCAUGCCCCUUGCACCAAUGGAUGCAGUAGAUUUCCCAUCACACAUAAUGAGUUCAGAGAACUUCCAGAAAUGUCUUGCCAAGAUAGAAAAUCUGGAGAAGGAAAACAGAAUGCUUAGGACCAAACUACAGGAAGUGGAAGACGACAAAGAUGAGGACUUCCCUACAGACCACAAGGUGGCGCUAAGUGAUCACGUGUCUCUAAGGCUACGACGAAAUAGCAACAACUUGGAGAUUGACAAACUCCGUCAGCAACUGCAUCUAAUAAAGAUAAAAAUUGAACAACAUAAGCGUAUUUAAGUAUCUGUGCAUUAGUAAA